ACCCAUUGCCAACCGAAAUGUUGGAAGCGUUGUUUAAAUUUUCUUUAAGAGUGAGAACUUUAUUAAUAGGCUAUUGAAUUAUAAUUGUUUAUUGUUGGAAUGUGUAAACAUGCAGUAAAUUUGGUUGACGUUUUAACAAUCAAUUAGAAUUUGGUAUGAAAACUGACAAAACUAACACUUGCUUCAGUAUUAGAAGAUAAGGAGAACAGUGCUUAAAGUGACAGACGCUUACAGCUCUUGUUGAGCAACAAGAACCAAUUUUAAUUGUCGAAUCAACCGGAUACUAUGGCCUUCAGAGAACUGAAUGAGACAACACCUACUAUUUCUCUUGCCAAGAACAGCUUUGGCUCAACUCCUAGUGGAUCAAGUCGACGACAUGCAAGGGGCAGGAUGUAUGGGAUGCUCUUUGAAAGCAUACAAUUUUUCAUCAAGCAGGACUACGGCACUGACAUAUGGUCAACAGUUUUAGAUGCAGCUUGUAUUCCAAAUGUUAUUUUUAUUCCUCAUAAGACAUACCCAGAUGAAUGGAUGGUGAAUCUGGCGAAAGCAACGUGCCACGUCUUAGGAAAUGCACUCAAUGAUGUUAUGCUUUAUUUUGGAACCUGUUUUGUUAACUUCUGUUGUAAAUUUUCUUACGACAAAAAUACUAAG